AUGCCAGCCUCUAUUGGAUUGGCUGGAAAGCCAGAAAAGAGCAACAUGUCGUCUCGCUUACUUACUAUGAAGUUCAUGCAACGCGCUGCAGCAACUGCUGCUUCGAAGGAAGCGCAGUCCACGUCAUCAGAUGAGAGCCCACACACCCCCAAGCGCCAACGCAAGUCAAUGGAGCACCAAAGCCCUUCGACCCCGCAGGCCGAUCUGGAUGCUAUUGCCGCCGCCAUCGCUGCCGAGGAGCAAAAACGACAAGAGGUUAUUGCGCGACAGGCUGCAGAGGCCGGUGAAACUCACUGGGUGCUGGAUGUACCCGCUGCGAAUUCCCCUCCUCCUCAACCCCAGUCCUACGUUAUGGCGACUGAGUCUCUAGAUAUAGAGGAUGACCUAUCCUUUGGAGGUCGUCGGGGAUUCGGCAACUUCAAACGCAAAGUGCCUGCACAAACUGAAGAGGAGAAAAUUGCUGAACAACUCGAGCAAUUGUCGCCCGAUGAUCCUCGCCGUGCUCAAGCUGAGAAAGCCAUGGCUGAUUUAAAGAGGGCUAAGGCCCAAGAGGCUAGAGCCCCUAAACUGUCUGAAAUCACUAGUAUUUCAGGCGCUGGUGGUAGGCCCCAACUAAUGGGGGCACCCUCAUCAUCAAAGAAGAAGAAGAAGCGCAAGAGCGACCACUAA